CCCAAAAUAACUCGUGUUUUCUCUCUCCCGCCGCGCGCUCCUCUCUCUGCGACUCUGCCUGUUUAUUAUUAGGUCGAUUUCUGCCGCCACAUCUCCGCCGCACAGCGGUCACCCGCCGCACAGUGGCUGAAGUCUGCGCGAUAUUUCAUGAAUCAAACUCCAGAUGUCGCCGGGAAGCCGCCGGGAAUCGUCUUCAUCGCGCCACGCCGAAGAUCUGAGCGAUUGUUUUCCCUCAUCGAUCGCGCUUUCAAUCAUCCUCAAAUGCUUCUCGACCUCUUCAUUUCACGCUCAGGCUGUAAUGAACAGCCGCUCUCGUUCAGCGGCUGCUGGUGAUAUGUGGGUUAAUCCGCCGUGUCAGUGCGCUGCGUAAAAGCGCAAGGAGCGGGACUGGAAAUGGCAGAAUUGUAGGAGUGUGCGCCCCGAGGACGCGGAGAGCGGCGGCGGACCGCUGCGGUGACGCGCGCUUGAGCGCAGAAAGGCGCUGGGAGACUCGCUAGACCUCCUCCGUUCUCUCAGUCCACAGUUGGGUGCCCGUCAUUUCUUGAGGCGCAAUAGUUUCUGCCGGAUGCAAAAUGACUUCACGCUCAGCACUUUGGCCAUGGCUGUUGUUUGCGAAGCUGGGGAAGGUCAAAGUCACUGCUGUCUUCUGUCCGGAGCGCUCGUCCUCGUGGUCACAAUGAGCUCCAGAUCUUCAGAAAUGUCAUCCAAGAGUGAGAGAGCCGCUGGCACUGCAUAACAGACGCUGUUCCAUCUGAGAAGAAGGCGGCAACAAGAAGACCAAAUGCCAUGGAUGUAUUCAAUUUCACCUACUUCAACGCCUCCGAAGGCAACGAGACGCAAGUCUUGGAAGAAAGCGAGAGUCCCUACAAGACCGUGGAGGUGGUGUUCAUCGUGCUGGUGGCCGGCUCCCUCAGUCUGGUCACGGUCAUCGGGAAUAUUCUGGUCAUGCUUUCCAUCAAAGUCAACCGGAACCUUCAGACUGUCAACAACUACUUUUUAUUCAGCCUGGCAUGCGCUGACCUGAUCAUCGGACUCUGCUCCAUGAACUUGUACACUGUCUACAUUGUGAUUGGCUACUGGCCCCUGGGGCCGGUGGUGUGCGACUUGUGGCUGGCCUUGGACUACGUCGUCAGCAACGCGUCGGUCAUGAACCUUCUCAUCAUAAGCUUUGACAGAUACUUCUGCGUCACCAAGCCCCUGAGCUACCCGGUCAAAAGGACCACCAAGAUGGCGGGGAUGAUGAUCGCCGCCGCCUGGGUGCUCUCAUUCAUCCUGUGGGCGCCCGCCAUUCUCUUCUGGCAGUUCAUCGUGGGCGGGCGGACAGUGCCGGAGAAGGAAUGCUACAUUCAGUUCUUCUCCAACGCCGCUGUAACCUUUGGCACCGCCAUCGCCGCCUUUUACCUGCCGGUUAUUAUCAUGAUUCAGCUCUACUGGCAGAUCUCCCGGGCCAGCAAAAGUCGAGUGAAGAAAGACAACCGCAAACCUUCUGGAAGCAACCCUGAGCCUCUUUCUCCUGCGCAGAGGAGGAACAACGCAGCCAAACCAAACAACAACAACGUCCACGCCGAAGACACGGCUUGCUCCCAGAGCCAGAAUGCUGACGAUGGAGCCAACCAGCACGACGGCAAACUGCAGAACGGGAAGGGGCCUUCUACCGCCACUGCCGAGCCAGAGACCGAAGGCGAAGAGGUGACGAGAGAGAACUGCGCACAAGCCGAAGAGAAAGAGAGCUCCAAUGACUCCACGUCUGGCAGCGCGGGCCCGUCCAACCAGAAGGAGGAGGAGGCCGGCCCCUGUGGCGCCAACUCCAGCGCAGAGCCCGGCCAGACCGCCCCCCGGCUGCGCCCGAAGGCGGGGGUCUCCAAACUGACCUGCAUCAAGAUCAAGACCAAUUCCCCCAAGGGAGACUGCUACACCCCGUCGAACGCCACCGUGGAAAUCGUGCCCGCCUCGGAGCGACAAGACCACGUGGCCCGGAAGAUUGUGAAGAUGACAAAGCAACCGCCCAACAAGAAGAAGAAAGCGGCGCCGUCGAGGGAGAAAAAAGUGACCCGCACUAUAAUGGCCAUACUGGUAGCCUUCGUGGCCACCUGGACUCCCUACAACGUGAUGGUGCUCAUCAACACCUUCUGCUCCAGCUGCAUCCCCAGCACCGUGUGGACUAUUGGCUACUGGUUGUGUUACAUCAACAGCACAAUCAACCCCGCUUGUUACGCCUUGUGCAACGUCACCUUCAAGAAGACAUUCAAACACCUCCUCCUCUGCCAGUACAAAAAUAUAAGGUCCGGCAGAUAAAUGGAGUCUCCUUUGGGCCAAAAAGCGUUUUUAAACAACAGAGUUAGUGUGCGUGCCUUGUGAGUGUGCGUCUCAGCGAGAGCAGUCUUCUGCCCGGUGAGUGAGUGGAUGAGAAUUUAUCCUUUUACCAUCCUUUCUCAGUUACUGGUUGUAGCACUUUACACAAGUUCAACAAAUUCCAUUGAGAUAGAGGCGAUGUAGAUAAAGAAGAGGAGGGUCUGAAGCACUUGAGGGUCUGAAGGGAAGCAUGAAAAAGAAAGGAUCUUCAGCUGGAUGGUGAGACAAUUUCACAAUGGGAAAAUAGGGCUGACUGAAUUUAAAAACCUUAACCAGUUUAAAGUUCAGCAAACACACAUGUAGAUACUGUAAAUAGCAAUUCAGAUGUAUGUGAGCACACCAUAUUCCACCAGGUUGUGUGGAUGCAUGAGCGCGUCCGUCAUCGUGACCAGGCAUCGGAACUCGGGAAGCGCACAUUAAUAUGUGAAUACUCAUCGGUUUGGAACCCCGCAUUGAUGCCUAAGAGUCGUGACGGGCUCAUGAGGCUUCAUGAAACAGUGUCCUCCUUUUCAAAGCUGACUAGGUGCUCAAAAAUCUUCCGAUUUUAACAACCACUUCAAUGAAACCUCACAUCAUUUUUAAAGCAACAGCGCCACCUACUGAGCUCUGAAAAUGAGGACACUGUUUCAUGAAGCCUCAACAGCCCACCUCGACCUGGGAGACCCCUGUAUUGUUUCUGAUCCCAUCCGUUGGUACGUGGAAGACAGCGGCAUGUCAUGCUAAAUGCUGCUGUAGUUCCCUGACUCUUUCCCCGUCGUUGCAUUAAUGUUUUCACUCUUCAGUUCACUUUCAGUGCUGAAAACAAAACACAGAAAUGAGCCCCUUUUUUGAGAUUUAACAAGAACUAUUGUGCCAUGAAAUGCUGCUAAGAAAUCGUGAAACACACAGAUGCUCCUCCGCGCCGCGUCAUGGACAUGCAGCUUGUAUUGUCACAUCAUUAGUAAUAAUUCACAUCCAAAAUUAAUUUGCAAAGCAACUACACACCCCGACCCUCCGCCAAGCUCGGUUCCACCUCGCGAGUGACUGUCUCCUCCAUCACUAUGAGCAGCCUGGAUGUGACAUGGCAACAAUAGAUUCCAGUUUGCGCCCCAUAUCUCCACUUUUAAAUGAGGACUGUCAUGCAGGUUUAAUGGAAAAAGGCCCGGCGGCUUUUUUUGACACUCAGGACUGUGUUGUUUCGCAGUACUCGCCCGUUCCUUGCAGAAAGAGGCGGGUAUACCAACGGUGUUCCUGUCACCACAAUCUCCAAAAAUCCUGGUCGUGGUCGGAGCUCAGAGCUGUUCCUCCUUUCUCCUCUCUUCCUCUCUAUAUUUAGUGCUGUGUGGAUACGACUGUGUGCUCGCGUGCUCCAGGUUUGGAGGCUACUACCGAUCACAGGUCAGGAACUUGUGAUUUGAAAAGGGCUACUCGUUCAUCGCUCCAUUCCCAUCAGAGUCCUCCUGGUACUGCCGACAGAGCGAAUACCUUCGCCUCAUUAUCGCGUCCUCCGACAGGAAACUGGGACAAGUCAUGUCAUGGAAAAGUCCCCUCGGGGCUCAUCAUCCCAAGCAAGUUUGUGGAACACCUACAUCUUAGAUUAAAGAUGAUUCAUCGCACGCUCAUCUUCCCUCACGUCUUAUUGGCCACUUAACGCUGGAUCCUGGGGUGGAACCCACUUGAGAUGCAUAUAUAUAUAUAUAUAUAUAUAUAUACAGAAAGGUAAGGUUGAGUUGAAACGCUAUGCUGACAGGACCAUGAAACUCAGUUUGAAUCUCAUCUUCAUGCUCUCGAUCGGUGUUCAUACUGCAGCAUUAUGUGACAUUUGAUGUGCGACUCAAAACAGGACCGGAGAUAUGGCUGGUGUGGACGUCCCUGCCACCACGUCUCUCUCUCUUAAACUGCCACUGCAGUCGCGAAAGCGCCGGUAGGAGGCUUCUUUUGACAGCGGACGAAGAGAGAUCAACCCGUCUCACUCUCACUCUCACUCUUGAUUCAGCUGCUCCCGUAAUGAGGGUCACCAGAGACCAGUAAACUGAGCUACUUUUGGACACGGUUUCACUGAUCUUUCAUGCGACAAAAUGUGAAUAUCACGGCAUUUUCACAUGUCUGGUGGGUCAGAAAAAGACUUCUUUAUCUGGCAUUUCCCAUCAGGGGUUGCGACAUCGUGGAAGGAAAGAACAGAUGUUGCAUGACCCUAAGUUAAAUGUUUGAGUUAAGUGAGUUAAAUUCUUGAAAUACCACAACCUGAAGAAGGAAGAGGAUUUUCUAGAAGUGGCCUUUUUAUUCACGCGUAGGCCAAUGUUUGACAUUGUGAGUCGGCCUGGGCGAUAAAGCGUUUUUUUUUUCUUCUAUUAAUUCGCAUUUUUGUUGGCUUACGAUUAAACAUUUUUUAAAAGUUACUCCGCUUCCAUGCGCCGCUGCAAUUGCCUUCGGAGGCUUCCAUAUAUAUCUCUGCCGCUUUCCUUCAUGGAGCGACAGCUCCAACACUCCAACACUGACUGAGCUCCCCACCACAUUUUGGUGAAGUGGCGGCUGUUUACGCAGACUGAGCGACGAUCUAGUUCACUGCCGCUUAGUGAAACGCGCUCCCUGUACAACAAGUUCCGAUAUUGUUCUGACGCAUAAAAGCUUGUUGAAGAUAUUCCGAAGAAUAAUAGUCAUUUGGAUGUGGAUCCAUGCAUCAUGUUUAAAUGUGGUGAAUAAACCAAACGCUCCUCGUGGCACUGAACGCUUAGUUGCAGAAAGAGCAACGGAGUCACUUCUUCGAUCAAGGAUCUCAUCAAAAAAAAGGUUAAAAUAGGUGUCAGUGGAACUGUGGAACUUGAAGAUAUCAAUGAGUAAAUAAACAGCUUGUUUAAGUUGCUUUCAAAGGGGUUUAAAAUGUUCGGCAGUUGUUAAUGUACUGUAUGAGUCCACAUGUUUACACACCUAAAUUCAAGUUUAUUACUCUUUGGGUUAGUAUAUUUAUUUUUUAAUUUAAAAAAAAAACAGUCUUUGGUCGUGAAAUAAGUUAAAGAGAAAAAGUACAAUAAAUAAAACAAUAAUCUGAGUUUUUAAAGAUUGUAUCAAAAUUGUGAAUCAAGAUUUUAUUAUUCCAAAACAAGUGUUUACGUUCAGGCAGAAAUGAAAUGAAGUGCAUUCUGAGGUUUAAGAGGACGGGCUGGAAACUGAGCAAAUAAAUGCGCACGCGUGGAUGUUCCGCAGCGAGCAGCCAAUUUUACCGUCCAACUAUCUGUCACAAUGAUAAGUGGAGCCACGUCCGUCUUGCAUCUGUCACCCGUGGUGGAAGAGGCUGGAGAGCCGUCCAGAACAGGUCAUUAGUCUUGGCUAACUUGUCACAUGAGUGAUACCAGCAGUCGGCCGAGUGGUCUGGAGUUCCAGCGCUGGUCCUGAGGUCUCAAUUUGAAGCGCUGCCUAGGUGUCGGACAGAAGGCGAUGGCACUUUAUCAUCCCAUGGCGCAGGGGAAGAGUGAGACGGGUCUUUAUAAAUAUCGUUGUCAGGCGUCCCUCGCUCGGAAUUCAUCCUCCACUUCCAUCCAGUCAUGACUCGCCUCCACACGGUCACCCUCAACCUCUUUGUUCACCUGUGCCGCUAGAGCUAGCUGGGCUCACCGUUGCGCGGCUUUUGUCCAAGGGCUAAUCUCAUCUGCGGUGAGACUGUUUCUAGAGUCCAAUUUGAAGUUGCCACUCUCAGCUCUCCAGCCUUGAGGUGCAAAAUGACAGACUGGAUUGAAGGAAAACAUAACCCGCCAGAUUGUACCGACCUACUCCAAGUGCCUUAUGAUUGAAAACCAAGUUUGUUUUUCCCCCACUUUCUCUCUCUCUCUCUCUCUCUGUAUGUAUUGUAUGUGAGGCUGUUGCUGACUGUACACGACGUGACUUUCAAGUCAUCAGGUGGAAGAUGGACCUUGUUGGCGUUGACAUUCUGACGCUCUCUUUUUUUACGUAGAUCUGCGACAUGAUUUUUUGGCGCGAGGGCAUGGCUGGAAGCCAUCAAAGCACCAUAACAGAUGCGUCAGAUUCAACGUCCAAGCGUGAGACAAACAUGACAGGAGACAAACUGCGUUAUAAGAAAACACUACAUAGUGAUACAUGGAGGUUCCGGCCCAUAUUAUGCCCCUACUCAGUACACAGUAAGUACAAGUGUCAGUAGGAGACUUGUCCGAGUUUAUAUGGACCGUACCUGGUGUUAAGGUGACUCUUUUCAGAGUGAAUUUAUAAGGAUGAGAAUAACUGCAACAAGAGUGAGAUGCUGCUCUGAGAAGAGUCACGCAAACAACUCUUCAGAUCAGGACCAUAAAGACUCCAUUUUGACACUAUAAAAUUGCACAGAAAAUGUUGGUGUGUUGUGUUUUAUUUAAUCUAAACCAUAGUCAGUUUCAGUAUUCCCAAUAUCUCUCAUAUUUCUCAAAAUCUACUCUCAACUCUACUGUCAAUUGUGAUGUAUUUUAAGGGACAAGAAAUACUCGUAAAAUAUUUAACGAAAAAGACAAAUAAAAAGUAAGUGAAUAAAACAAGGAAGUUAUGUUUCAGUUGCAUCAUAAUAAACAAAUUAUGUAUUUAAAGGGACAAGAAAUACUCGUAAAAUAUUUCACGAAAAAGACAAAUAAAAAGUAAGUGAAUAAAACAAGGAAGUUAUGUUUCAGUGGCAUCAUAAUAAACCAAAAACAACGCACAAAUGUCAAAAGGAUUCCGACGUGAUCCGUUUUUCUCUGACUCCAGGAGGGCCACAUAAAUACAGUCAAAGGGCCGCAUUUGGCCCCCGGGCCGCGCUUUGCCCAGGUCUGACUCAGACAGUACCACCACCUUUUUUUAUAUAUAAUUGUAUAUAUGUUUCCUGAGACUUCAUCAGCUUGACUCUCAGUGACAUGAAUGCUGACCACACAACCUCCGUGGCAGAGGUUCAGUAGUUAUGAAAGCGAGUAGGUGGCCUCGUGUCACGUCGUCCACAGGUCUUUAACUUGGUGCUGUGACUACAGUAAUUCCUAGACGAGAUUGACAAAGUAAAUGCCGUGUCGUGUACAGGACGCACAAAGCCUGCCGUUGUGAGUGUGCCGAGGUUCGGAUUGUCCCGGUUCUCUUCAGCUCUGAGCUCCUAUUAUUGUCACUGGAUUCCCACUGCCGCUGCCAUAUUAUCACGGCAGAGCAAGUCUGGCGACUGGACAAAGUCGAGUAUCGCCGCCUUUGAAGUAAAUGAUCCCUCAACGCGGUGAAACGCUGAACUGCCGCGGUCUCCUCCAGGCACAGUGGGAUGUGUUUUUCCAUCAAAUAAGUGUGCCACAUUUGCAUCAUGGGAAUUGUGCUUCCCGCUGCAAACCCUUUGUGUCUGUGUUCAGGUGAAUACAUUUCCUCCAUUCCGUGAGAUGGAGGAGCAGCAUCGAGCGCGGCAACAAAAACCGAGCGCCGUACGAAACGGCAACACACUGCCAAAGUCUCCCUCCGUCCAAUGGAAACAUCAGUACAUUUUCUAUCUGACCGACUUGUUGUACAAAUGAAGUAUUGUAAAUGAGUAUGUUAUCAGUGUACAGGCAGACCUUCGACUGGUUUGGUUCUUCUCGUAGAUAUAACUGUAUAGCGGAAGAGCGUGACUACAGAGGUGUGUAAUGUUCAGUGGGCAUGACUUUGUAAACCAGCCGACUCGAAACAGAGUUGCAAUGGACGGUUGCAGAGGAUGUUGCUCUGAAGAAGACGAAAGCAAGGGGUCCACAUUACUGUUUUGUUUUUGACUUUGUGUUUAAUUGGGUCGACACACAAAAAGGAACCACAGACCAAUGAUCCGUGAGCAGAGUUGGAGUCAGUGCUGUUGUCGGGUGUGUGUGGUUUUGCUCUGCACCAAACAGACUGUGUUCCAUCUGCGUUUCCCGGCUGAGGAAGCUCAUUCAAGUCACGUUGUUUUCUUGACAUGUUUUCUUUUCCAUUCUCUUUGCUUGGCCCUGAACGUGUGUUCAUUUUAAAUAUGGAACAAACAGUAAUGUGGAGCUCAGCGUUCGGAUCCUGUUGCGACCUUCGACCUGUUCGGGCCACCGCACCGCUCCUGCCUCGUUGGCCCCAGAUCGAGAGGUUACGAGGAUUUAUUAUUAUCAAUAUUUUUUUUUUUACUAAAAAAAAGAGAAAAAAAACCCUCUCCAAAUGUAGAUACUUGUUUCUCCUUCAUUUGCUGACGUGCGUCGAUGUUGAUCUGCUGUUCACUUCCUGUGGCUUGUGGCUUCUUCUUGCAAGAAAAACAAACAAAUGUCUUUCAUUUGAAGUGUAUAUAUCUUUCUGAUAAACAUAUGUAAUUGGAAUUUGGUUCAUUCAAAUGUACAUACAUGUGAUAGUUAUAUCUUAAUGUCACUCCCCCCCAGAGGUUCUGUGAAUUACACCCCCCCACUAUUGUAUUUCCUGUACAGUAACAAUGGUAUGGAUUUCCUUUCUAAAGCAUUCUUGGUUGACUAUUUGUUCUGAAUGACGAGUCUUGCUGUCAUGGACCACUCUUGGUGAUCGAAGAGCUGCAUUCACUGGUGACAUUGUGCCAUUUUCUUUCAGAAUGAAAUACCAAUAAAUAUAUCUAU